CUGAGUAAAUGUUUAAGUUGGUUGCUGCGACACGGUGCACUUAAAGAAGGCUUUACAUUGAGUCCUGAAGGAUAUUUGUCUGUUGAUGAAAUACUACGACACAAAUCUUUUAAGGGCAAAUACAGUAAAACUGAUGUUGAGCGAGUGGUGAAGAACAAUGACAAGCAAAGGUUCAAAUUGAGAUGCAAUCCACAUACAAAUAUUCUAGAGAUAAAAGCAAAUCAGGGGCACACCAUCAGCGAUAUUGAUGAUUCAGAACUGUCACCUAUUUUAGAACCCAAGUACAGCACAGUGGUUCAUGGAACAUAUUAUGAUUGCUGGCAAAAAAUAAAAUCGGAAGGCCUGAGUUGUAUGAAAAGACGUCACAUACAUUUAUCAAAAGGCACACUUGGUGCCAAUGUCAUCAGUGGACUCCGUAACAACGUUCAAAUAUACAUUUUCAUUGAUCUAGCCAAGGGCCUGGCAGAAGGUAUCAGGUUCUACGAGUCAGAAAACGGCGUUAUACUGACGCCAGGAAAUGACGCUGGUUUUUUAGCGCCGAAAUAUUUUGAAAAAGUUGUUGACGUUAAAACAGGUUAUCCUCCAUACACGCAGCCGCAAGACAUUUUGAAAGCGUUCUCUCCAUAUGGUAACGUUACAAUAGAUAAGUUGACAAAUAAACUUGCCACCCUAAACUUCGCGAACGAGGAAGAUGCAAAGGCUGCUAUACAAGACUCAAAGAAAAUAAAUGUGUACGGGGAAUUUCUCACCGUGAAACCUUUUCAAGGGAACAGCCAAUCAGAGCCGUCCACACCAAAGAGGAAUUUCACACGAACUAAACAGAAAGGAGUAAUAGUAGACCCGCACCGAAUCGACCUUUCCGGUGAUUUCCACGAGCAGUUGGAUAACAUAAUGGCAGCGGUUCGUCUUACACAGGAAGAGGUCACCAAGCUCAGCACACUCUACACCGAUCUGGAGGAAAUUCUACAACAGCUGUGGCCAGGUUGCAUGGCAAUUCCCUUUGGAUCGAUCACUACAGGUCUUGGUAUCAAAACCAGCGACGCGGACUGCUACGUCGACAUCCCCAACGAAUUUAGAAACCCCCAUGUUAGUUACGUAAAUAAAGCUAAGCGGAUCUUACAAGGUUACCCCCAUCUCUUCGCAGAGCUCAUCGCUAUUCCCCGUGCUCAUACUCCAAUCGUCAAAUUUUUCCACAUACCCACAGAAACAAAUUGCGACUUGACAUUCAAAACACCACUCGGAAUGCAAAACAGCAGACUGAUAGCAUUCUUACUCCAUGCCGACCCCAGGUUCAUUCCCAUGGCGGUUGUUAUCAAGUAUUGGGCCAAAAUCCACGGUUUCUCCGGCACGGGAAAGUUGACAAAUUAUGCGCUUACAAUGUUGAUAAUUUUCUAUUUACAACUAGACCCAAUAUCGAUACUACCCUCAGUGCAGUGGCUUCAGAAAGAUCCGGGCGACGACCAUAUUAUCGAUUUUUGGAAUACGGGAUUCAUGAAACAGCCUGAUUUGCUUCCGAAGUCGUCGAAUACCUCCUCAAUAUCGGAACUGCUCGGUGGUUUCUUCGAGUUCUACUCGACCUUCAAUUUCGACGAAAUGGUAGUCUGUCCAUACAUCGGGCAACCCAUUAAGAAAGAAGCCUUUAAGGAUCCUAAUCUUUUGCCAAACGAAUUUGAACGCUACAAACAGAAUAUAGCCAGGCAUAUAACUCCGCCUUUAAGAUUUACGACAUCGAUAUGCGUACAGGAUCCGAUCGAACUGUGCCACAAUGUGGCUUCUGCUAUCACGAGUAAAUUGGCUGAAGAGAUCAAAUCUUAUUUUAAAUUCGCCGCAAACGCAUACGAAAAAGAGAAACUCAAUGGUUGCAAGGACUUCCUAAAGAUCAUCUUGUUUCAUAAACCGAAACUCGUGCGAACGAAACCAAUCCUGGAGUACAGAACAAAUAUAAGCCCUAGGGACCUUAAUGGUAUUGUCAACGACGAUUGGAAGUCUGUUGUCGGAGAAAUAGUAAAAGUCAUAUUUGAGCAGAUACUUUUAGUAAAGUUGACUAAAGUCGAAGAGAAAGUGAACCCUGAUACAAAAAAGGAGAAGGUGAAACUCGCUGGAACAUUGACAAAAGCAGUAUGGAAGAGAAAGCCAUUCUCGAGGCUGUACCGUGAACUUCAAUUUGUAGAGCAGCAGAGAAAAAUAACAGAGGAAAUAAUGAUAGCGGACAAACAGGUGAUCGAUUUGCAGUUCAUGCUGACGACAACAUAUAGCAAUAUUCCGAGGAGAGUGAUUCUGGCCUUGAAAGUAACAAAUGGUGACCUGAACAACUUCAGGGAAUUUGGAAAAUUUUUAAACGGAUAUAUAUUGGUUUGGUUCAAGUGCCUGCUUGGUCCGUAUCUAAGGCCAUCUGCAGCAAAUAAACCGGUCAGCGUAGCGGAAACAAUAAAGGUUUUGGACAGAAAUUUGAAUAUUAGCAGUGACAGUGACAGCUCCAGUGCAGAUGAGUCCCGGAACUCCAAUGCAGAUGAAUUCCGGAACUCUUACGCUAAUGAGUCUGGAAGUUCUAAUGUAAACAAGUCGCGAAACUCCAAUGCAGAUGAGUCCCGGAACUCCAAUGCCGACGAGUCCCAGAACUCCGAUGCUGACGAGUCUCAGAACUCCAAUGCAGAUGAGUCCCGGAACUCCAAUGCAGAUGAGUCCCGGAACUCCAAUGCAGAUGAGUCCCGGAACUCCAAUGCAGAUGAGUCCCGGAACUCCAAUGCAGAUGAGUCCCGGAACUCCAAUGUCGCCGAGUCCCAGAACUCCGAUGCUGACGAGUCUCAGAACUCCACUGCAGACGAGUCUCAGAACUACAAUGCAGAGGAGUCCCAGAACUACAGUGUUGCACAAAGUUGUAAAACAGAAUUUACAUGUCAAUGA